UGUGCGAUAACUCCGGUAUGUGCGGUCCUGACUAAACCCUGGAGGCGAUAUUAUCAAGAAUUUCAACGCACACACCCCUGUGCGAUAACGCCAGUAUGUGCGGUACUUGAACGAAAGCAGACGCAUGGACAUCCCAGCUGUGCUGCGGUUGCAGACUCCACACGCAACCACACACGCGCGCACGUCAGCCAACCACAGUAGCUAGCCCGAUGGAUGCUAGGUUUUGGAGAAAGAACACAACAUGCAUACAGAGACUGACGUCUUUUCAUUGGUCAGCCGGUUUGCGCGGUCGAUGCUAAUAAUAAAAACACACACAAUAACCCCUUUGCUGCCCUCCGCUCUUUGCGUCAGUGGCUUGCUAGGUUCGGGCGAGGGCAUGUAUGGAGCUAUGGCAGUGUAUGUGUUUUGUUUGAGUCAUCUAGCUGCUGACACGAUGACUGUUGGAUCUUGGGAGUGUACGAUUAUCAAAUUGGGAGAUGCAGCAUACCACGAUAUCCUGGCUUCGGCUGGGCUUGAAAUAACCCUUUUGCUGUCCUCCGCUCUUUGCAUCAGUGGCUUCCUAGAUUCGAGCGAGGGCAUUUGUGUAGCUGAGAUGUGUGUCUUCGUGAAAGAACAUGUAGCGAGAGUCGUAUUGGCAUUCGCAUCAAGCGCAUUGCGCAUUUUUCUGUUUUGGCCCCCUUCCAGGGACCUUGAUUUUAUUUAACCCGCUGGCACUGACGUCUUUUAAUUGGUCAGCCGGUAAACGCGGU